AUGGACAGCAGCAAAAGAGCACUUAAGCAGCCGCUGUGUGCUGCCACUGGAACAGGAACACUGGUCAGCCGGGCCCCAAAUGACUCGCUGCCCCACCCGUUCAUGGAGCAAAUGGAGCAAAGCUCAGAUCUCAGUGGUGCACCCACAGCAAAGAUGUCCAGUUCUCUGCUGGAAGGUGUCAGAGUUGAACCUACAACAGCAAUUAAUAGGACAAAGAUGAAGAGACAGGGGGAUGAGAUGAAGGAGAAGAAAGAAGAGGGGGCGGUGCAGCUUCACAGGACGAUAGGCCUGCUGUCUGCUGUGUCCUUCAUCAUCGGUACAGUGGUGGGCAGCGGGAUCUUCAUUGCACCCAAGGGUGUCCUGAUGAACAGCGGCAGCGUGGGGCUCUCUCUGCUGGUGUGGGCCCUGUGUGGGCUCCUCUCCACGUUUGGGGCCCUGUGCUAUGCUGAACUGGGCACCACCUUCACAAAGUCAGGAGGUCACUACACUUAUCUACUGGAGACACUGGGACCUCUGCCUGCCUUCUUGCGACUCUGGACGGAGUUCUUAUUUAUCAGACCAGCUGUGGCGUCCUAUGUUUCCUUGGCCUUUGGUCGCUAUGUGGUGGAGCCAUUCUUUGCACCUUGUGCUGCUCCCAUGGUGCUUAUCAAAAUAGUCAGCAUCCUUGGAGUGACGUUUGUAGUAGCGGUCAACUGCUGGAGUGUGACCGUGGCCUCUCGUACUCAAGUCACUUUGACAUUCGUUAAGAUGUUUGCCCUGGUCCUUAUCAUUAUCCCCGGGGUCAUCGCACUAGCCAAAGGAAAGACAGAAAACUUCCAAAAUGGGUUUGAGGUUGACUUAUUAACACUGGAUAGGUUGCCCUUGGCCUUCUAUAAUGGCUUAUAUGCCUAUGGAGGAUGGUUUUAUCUGAAUUUUGUCACAGAGGAGGUCAUUAACCCAAAUAGAAACAUCCCAUUGGCAAUAAUCUGCUCCAUGGUGACAGUCACAGUCUUCUAUGUGCUUGUUAAUGUGGCCUACUACACCGUGAUGACUCCUGCGGAGCUCCUGCUGUCUGAUGCUGUAGCUGUGACAUUUGCCAACCGUGCUCUCCAGGGGCUGGCGUCUGUGAUUCCCAUUUUAGUGGCCACGUCCUGCCUGGGAGCACUGAAUGGUGGAUUCUUCGGAUCACCCAGGAUGUUGUUUGUUGGAGCCAGAGAGGGUCACUGGCCAGCACUCUUUUCCAUGAUCCACAUCCGAAGACAUACUCCUUUGCCUGCUGUGCUGCUAUUGUAUCCCCUGGUGGUGGUAAUGAUUGCCACUGGAGAAAUCUACCAGCUCAUCAACUUUGCUUCCUUCACUCGUUGGUUCUUCAUUGCCCUGGCCACCUUGGGGAUGCUCAUCCAUCGCCAUCGCUUUCCCCUCCACCCCAGACCUUUCAAGGUACCCCUGGCCAUCGCAGUCAUCUUCACAGUUGUGUGCUUCUUCAUUGUUGGCCUGUCUCUGUAUUCGGACCCAUGGAACACAGGGCGAAGCUGUGCCCUCACACUGACUGGCAUCCCAGUUUAUUUCUUGACUGUCCACCGUUUCCGUCUGCCCCGUAAAUGGAGACAGAUCUUUGACCACUGCAGCAGGCAGCUGCAGAUCCUGCUGGAAGUGGCUCAACAGGAGGUCCAGACAUACUGAGGACCCUGAGGACAUUGUGCUCACUCUCAUCCUGUCUGUCUGGAUACCAUCUGCUACACUCCAGCAAAUAUACACCUUAACCAGUCAUUUAAUCUAAUGGAGUUUGGAUAGAUGGGUUUCAAGCUAUUGACAUCCCACUUUUAGAAAUGUCCUGGAAACAGCCCCUGUGAUGUUGGUAGAAUUAUCAGACUGAUGACUUAUAAAGAGGAAAAAGACAGUUUAGCAGUGUAACUUGCCGAAUGUUACUGCAAAUAAGACAACUGUUUUCCACUGCUGCUGACAUACUUGUUUCUCCUCAUCAUUCAUCAUGGACAUAUAGCUCUGCUCAAGACUAAGUGCAUAUUUCUGUAUGAAACAAUGAAUAUAUUUUUUCUCAGUCAGAGACAAUGUAUAAAGGAUGUUUCAGCCUUAAUUUGAAUAAAAAACACAAAUACAGCUGCAAUGACCACAGU